AGCGCCCAGUGUGCGGGUACGGUUUGUUUUGAUUAGUGCGCUUUGUUCGUCCGUUCUUCACAGUCAGCGAAACGCUGCUAAAAAGGAAAACACAAGAAACUAGUGAAAGUGGGACAAAACAAUGAAAUUGUAAAGAGACAGACAGACACUGUUGUGCCAGCACGCGAACGGAAGGACAUGAAACACGGCCACAGCAUUGCAUGGGUACAGGCAGGAGUGAGCAAAUAGUUACAGUACAGCGGGAUACGAUACCGUGUGUGGCGGCAGCAAGCCCGAACUAACCCCACCAAAUGGAUGCGGCCAAACAGCGAGUGGGUGAUGUGGUCGGUGCCGUAAAGCUAUCGAUGUAACUGUAUAUAACAGCGGGACCACAGCCAAACACGCUUUCGUCUAAUAACAACCAACAAAAAAACCGACUGAUCGACGCUAGUGUGUGUAGGUGCUUUUUUGUGCAUUUACUGUGCUGUUGCUGCCCAAUUUUCUAAAAACCAAAAACAAACAAACAAAAAACCGUGUCCCGUUCCGUUUCUGCUAUAUUUCGUCCCGAAUCCCAAGAAUAACCUAAGCAUGGCAACCGAAAGCGGUCUACGCGUGGUGCGCCAAUACUCCGACGAGGGACGGACGCUAGCACUGCGAACCCUGAGCGAAGCAAACAGUGAGGCAGGGACGGUGGUGCGUAACGCGUGGAGCAGCUUCAUCCAGCUGGUGCAGCGCUUGAAGACGUCGGCCCGGGAGGUGCUGGACCCGUCGGUGCUGUACGAAGAGCUGCGCAUAUUUUUCCGCGAUGAAAUCGCUCGAAAUAACGCCUUCGCGAUCCUGAUCGGUCUCGGGUUCGGUACGACCGGCGGCUUCAUGCUGGGCAUGUGGCUGGCCCGACCCCACCUGCCCACGCCGAUCAUGAAAUCGAUCGCGUCCACCUCGUUCCGCGAUCCGGACAAUGUGGUCGUCUGCCAGACGGCGGUGCCACAGUUCCAGUCCGCCUCCGACAUACUGGUGCGGGUGCGGGCCGCCUCCCUCAACCGGAUCGAUCGGCGCAUCGCGUUCGGGUAUGGGCGCACGCUGCGCCGCAUGAUACGCACCUACAACAGUACGUACGAUCCGGAGCUGCCGCUCGUGCUGGGACGUUCCUGCGCCGGAAUCGUAGAAGCGGUCGGUACCGCCUCGAAGAGCGGGCUAGAGAUCGGGGACGAGGUGUGGCUCGCGACGCACUGGUACGAGCCGGGCGUGGCGUCCGAGUUUGUGGUCGUGCCGGAAACGCGCGUCUCGCGCAAACCGUUUCUGAUUGGGUUCGAGGGUGCGGCCAGCCUGCCGUACAGUGGUUCGAUCGCGCUUAACCUGCUGGACGAGCACAACCUGACCGAGCACACGUGCAAGGGGCGGCAGAUUCUGGUGCAGGACGCCUGCUCGCCGGUCGGGUGCGUCAUCACGCAGCUGGUGCACAAGUGGGGCGCCCACGUGACGGCCACCUGCCACACGCGCUCGGUGCCGGUGAUUAACAAUCUCGAGGAAAGAGGUGCGGCAGACAUCAUCACCUUCGACAACGAGCACUUCCGGUCGAACUUUAUCGACGUGAACGUGGAAAAGUCCAACUUUAUCAACGAGCUGACGUCGCGGCCCAAGUUCCACUACAUCUUUCUCACCACCCGGCUCGGGUACGAUUACAAGUUUCUCGAAAAGUUCCUUACCAAAGACGGUGUGAUAGUGGACGCGGUCGAGCCGGAACAGUCCACCGACGAUUACGGCGUGGUCGGGCGCUUCUUUCUCGGCACGUACGUGCGGUGCCGGAAGGUGGCCGCGGUGCUGUUUCGCACCAGCGUCGACUGGGGCGGCACACACCUGUGCCAUUUGGUGCUGGAACGGUUGGCCGGCUUCGUGAACGAUGAAACGCUCAAAACGGUGGUCGAUCGGGUCUACACACCGAACGAAGUGGAACGAGCGCUGGAACACAUUUGCAGCGAGAAAAGCAUCGGCAGUACGAUCAUCAGCUUCCGGUAGACGGAAGCGGAGUAGGCUACGAUUAGCAUCACCACUGCCCCGAUUGCUUGCCCGACCACUGACUGAAUAGGGAAUAUCUUGGCAUGCUACGAUGAAAGCCUUCAUUUUUCUUCUUUUUUUCUACGAAACCGUUUUCUUCCCCACGCAACCGGCUGAUUAUACUUAGAUAGAUGUUUUGUUUGUUUGUUUGUUUGUUGUUUUUAAACUGAUUAGGUCCAAUUUUUUAGCCACGAUUUUCUAAUUACAUAUCUUCCGACCAGACCAGACUGGGCCCCCGUUUUUUGGCCAUCGAUUUUUCUCGCGGAAGGGGGGGGGGGCACCGCACGCACGGUCGGUUUUUUCGACAACGAUUCGAUAAUCGAGAAUAAAAAAAAGUAAUAAACAAAGAGAAAGCGUGCAAAGACCAA